AUGCGCUGUGCCGCGCUGCACCGGAAGCUAGGCACACAUGUCUCCAAGGUGAAAUCGCUGUCAAUGGACAGCUGGAGCGCGGAGCAGGUCGACAACAUGAAGACGGUGGGAAAUGUGGCGAGCAACAAGAUCUACAACCCGCAGAAUGUCAAGCCCGAGAUUCCGAUCGAUGUUGACGAGGUCGACUCUGCCAUUGAGCGAUACAUACGCCAGAAAUACGAACAGCGGACAUUGAGCUCAGGCCGAGGUGCCCCGAGGCAAACCAUACAGAAUACAGGCAGCACGGGCACUGGAACUGGCUCAUGGAGCGAGGAAGGACCAGAUCUACCUCCGAAGCCGACGAAACGAUUUGGCUUCACUCUGCGAUCAUCCAGCGCUGCCCUAUCGAAACGUCAGGAAAGGAUCACACCUCCGCUGUCUCCCGCCUACAGCGGUAGCGAGCGAUCUCACGAGCUGCCGAGUCCCAAGGGCAUCAACAAACCCAGCCGCUUAUUUGGCAUGAAGAUCACCACAGUAGAUAAUAAUUUCAACCAAAAAUUGGCCUACUUGCGAGACAUGGGGUUCAACGACAAUUCUAAAAACACUGAAGUGCUCAAGGGCACAGGUGGGAAUGUUGAGAAGGCAGUCGAGACUCUGGUGAGAUUAGGAGAAGGAACCAGGCCCAUUUCGCGAUCCGCCACACCGGCUCCGAGAGCACUGACCCCCGUGUCCAUGGGAAGCUUUGGUACCAACGGAAUAUCGAUAGAGAAGAAAAAGGACAGCAAUCCGUGGGAGAUCCGAGAUUCUGCACCUCCGCCAAUCCCUGCUCGCGCGGCAUCUGUUCCACCGCAGUCUACUGCUUCUGCGUCCUGGAACCCAUUCUUGCAGUCUCCAGCGCAGCCACAGCAGACUCAGGCGCAGACGACGCUUGAGAAUAGCUUCCAAAAUUUGCAACAGACCGACUUCUUCUCGCAGCCGCAGCAAGCUCAGCAACCUGCUCAGGAGCAAUUCCUUUCCGGCCAGCCCUCGAACCCAUGGGGCCCUCAGCAACCUCAGCAGGGCGAUGCUCAGAACCCUUGGCAGCAGCCUCAGCAACAGCAGCAGACUGUGCAACAGAAUCCGUGGGCUCAAGCGGUGCAGCAACCUCAACAGACUGCAGCACCGAAUCCCUGGCAGCAGCAAGCGACCCAGCAAUUCCAGCCUCAGCAAUCCCAGAGUGGCGCACCGAAUCCAUGGGAUCAGCAAGUGCAGCAGCACCCGCAGCUCUUGCCCCAUCAGCAACAACCAGGAUACGUUAACUUUGGGCAAAGCUACGGCCAACAAGGCUCAGGCAUUAAGCACGACAAAUCUUCAAUAUUAUCUUUGUAUAAUUAUCCACAAAUGGCGCCGCAAAGACCUCUCCAAACACUGCCGGAGGACGGCACACUACAGCAGCAGCAGCCGCCACAGCUAGAGCAGAUGCCCCAACGGAGCGCGACCAUGCCUGUAUCGAUGAUGUCGGGCAACACGAACCCUUUCGGACAACCGAGCCAUGUGAGCAAGGAAAGCGUGGAUUUUCAAGGCUUUGCGGGAAACGGAAGGCAUAGUCCAGACGCAUUUUCUGGGUUGAGCGCUCGCUACAUGCGAUGA